CCUUUGUUGAGUAGUCUAUUACUAGGUAUAAAGAGAUGAGCAUGGAACCAAUGUUACCAUCACAAACUCCAUUUUUCUCUGUUUUUUCUUUUCUUCAUUAGCCUGAAGAAGGAUGAAACGCUCUUGGAACUCAACGAGUAUCAUCCCUUUUACUUUUUAUUCUCUCAUCUUCUUAUUCAAUUUACAUUUUCGAGAUGUGUUUGGGGUUGCCACUGAACACUUGUGUCGUCCCGAACAAAGAGAUGCACUUCUUGAGCUCAAGAAAGAGUUUGAGAUUAAGAAGCCUUGUUUUGACGGCCUUCAUCCGAAGACAGUCUCAUGGGAGAAUAACAGUGAUUGUUGUACUUAUUGGGACGGUGUUACGUGCAAUGCCAAGACCGGGGAAGUGAUUGGGCUAGACCUUAGUCGCAGCUGCCUCCAAGGCCAGUUUCAUUCUAAUACCAGUCUCUUUAGAGUUCAUAAUCUUCGUUUUCUUACUACUCUCGACCUUUCAUAUAAUUAUUUUAGUGGCCAAAUCCCGUCUUCUAUUGAAGAUUUUUCUCAUCUUACCACUCUCGACCUUUCCAAAAAUUAUUUCAGUAGUUGGAUUCCUUCUUCUAUUGGAAAUCUUUCACAUCUCACUUUUCUCGACCUUUCUGGUAAUGAGUUCGUUGGUGAGAUGCCAUAUUUUGGCAGUAUGAACCAGUUGACCAACCUAAAUGUUGAUUCCAAUGAACUCACUGGUGUCUUCCCCCUUUCCUUACUCAAUCUGAAUCAGCUGUCGGAUUUAUCACUCUCCCGCAAUCAGUUCACGGGCACACUUCCUUCUAACAUGAGCUCACUCUCUAACUUGGAGUACUUUGAGGCAUGGGACAACGCUUUUACCGGUGCUCUACCUUCUUCCUUUUUCGCUAUUCCUUCUUUGACGUCUAUUGAUUUGAGAAAAAACCAACUGAACGGCAGUCUUGAUUUUGGGAAUAUAUCUUCACCUGCUACACUAACAGUGUUAGACAUAAGCAAUAACAACUUCAUGGGGCCGAUCCCGAGAUCCAUUUCCAAAUUUAUAAACCUUCAGGACCUCGACCUUUCUCAUCUCAACACCCAAGUCCCAGUUGACUUUAGUAUCUUCAUGAAUCUUAAGUCGCUCCUACUUCUUAACCUAUCUCAUUUGAACACCACCACGACGAUUGACUUGAAUGCACUCUUAUCCUCGCAUCUCGCCUCAAUCUAUUCAAUGGAUCUUUCAGGCAACCAUGUUUCAGUAACAAGCAAAACUUCAGCUGUAGAUUAUCAUCAUUCGCAAUUGAUUAGCGAGCUGUACUUGUCAGGAUGCGGCAUCACUGAGUUCCCGAAGCUCUUAAGAAGCCAAAACAAAAUGACGAAUCUAGACAUUUCCAACAACAAAAUCAAAGGUCAAGUGCCUGGCUGGCUAUGGACACUACCAAGUUUGAUAUUCGUGAAUCUUUCCAACAACACUUUUAGCGGUUUCGAAAGACCAAUGGAACUUGGACUACCCUUUAUCACCAAACCAUCUAUGCAGUACUUGGUUGGCUCCAAAAACAAUUUCACAGGAAAGAUUCCCUCUUUCAUAUGUGCUUUGCGGUCUCUAAUCACUCUUGAUUUAUCUGGCAAUAACUUCAAUGGUACAAUCCCUCAUUGUAUGGGAAAUUUUAAGAGUACUCUUUCAUUUCUAAACCUUCGUCAGAAUCGUCUUGGUGGUGGUCUUCCAAAGAAUAUAUUUAGGAGUCUAAGGUCACUUGAUGUCGGUCAUAACCAACUGGUGGGAAAAAUUCCAAGAUCUUUCACCCGCUUCUCUAAUCUUGAAGUUCUGAAUGUGGAAAACAACGGAAUCAACGACACAUUUCCAUUCUGGUUGUCUACUCUUAAAAAGAUGCAAGUUCUUGUCCUACGCUCCAAUGCAUUUCACGGGCCGAUACAUCAUGCCUCGUUUCGUACAUUGCGAAUCAUUGACUUAUCGCGUAAUCACUUCAAUGGAACUUUGCCAUCAAACUAUUUUGAGAACUGGAGUGCAAUGUCAUCACUUGGUGCAAACGAAGAUCGUGUUAAGGAAAAAUACAUGGGAGAUUCUUUUCGAUAUUACCAUGAUUCAAUGGUUUUGAUGAAUAAAGGUGUAGAGAUGGAGCUGGUACGUAUCCUAAAUAUCUACACAGCUCUCGAUUUUUCUGAAAACAAAUUUGAAGGAGAGAUUCCAAGAUCCAUAGGUCUAUUGAAAGAGCUUUAUGUUCUUAACUUGUCAAGCAACGCUUUCACUGGCCACAUCCCAUCAUCUAUGGGAAACCUGAGCGAGCUUGAGUCACUGGACGUUUCUCAAAACAAGCUUUCAGGAGAAAUUCCACAAGAACUAGGGAAUCUCUCGUACCUUGCCUACAUGAACUUCUCUCACAACCAGCUUGGAGGUCUAGUACCAGGGGGAACUCAGUUUCGCAGGCAGAAUUGCUCUUCUUUCAAGGAUAACCCCGGACUUUAUGGCCCUUCUCUUGACGAAGUUUGUGUAGAUAUUCAUGCACCAACACCACAACAACAUGAACCGUUGGAGUCAGAGGAAGAAGACGAAGAGGUGUUCAGUUGGAUAGCAGCUGCUAUAGGAUUCGGACCUGGUAUUGCCUUAGGAUUGACGAUUGGAUACAUUCUGGUUUGCUACAAACCAGAGUGGUUCAUGAACCCUUUUAACGGAAACAAACGCAGAGGCCGAAGCAGAAGCAGCAUCGCAAGAUCCACAAAGCUUAAAAAAGAGCCUUCUUAAACACAAGCCCACGUAUAUCGAAGAAGAGAAUGAAGCAACAAACUGAGUAACACUAGAGAGCAAAGAAGAAGCUUGGGGAGAAAACAACCCAGAUAUGUCCACUUUUAGUUUUAAAUGUGGAUCAGUUUAGCUUUUAUUUGUUCUGCUUCUGUCUGAUUCACAAAACUGCUUAUUUCAACUGCUAAUUGUCAUAAAUAAACAUAUCUCUA